AUGGCUAAUCCCGCCUCUCAGGUCAGGGUGGUUCCAGGAUCUUCAGCCUUCUCCGAGUUCCGUCGCCAGGCCCUGGCCUCACAGGUUGGGGCACAAGACGUUCAAGGCCAAUAUGUCCAUUAUAUUGAGCUCACCGGCCCUCUCGACCCGGAAAACAGUUCCUUGAUUGAAAAGCUUCUAACCUAUGGUCAAGCAUUUGACCACGAGGAAAAGGAGCCCAGGCUUCACAAUGUCUUCCAUAUCUUACCCAGACCUGGUACUAUCUCGCCCUGGAGUACCAAGGCAACCAGCAUCGCUCAUGUUUGUGGAUUGCGAAAGGUGGUUGGGAGGAUUGAAAGAGGAAUCAAGAUCACCGUCCAGCUCGAGGAGGGAUCUUCACUCAGUCCCUCUGCACUUGACUUCCUGCACGAUCGAAUGACAGAAACUAUUUCGGACAGUGAACCCCAACUGGACCAAUUAUUUCUCCAUCAUGACGCCGGUACUUUGGGCACUUACGACCUGUAUAGCGAGGGUAAGUCGCCUACCGAAAUCAUCCAAGGCCUCAAUACCCAGCUUGGACUUGCUUUGGACGCUUCCGAGAUACAAUACUUGGCCGAAGCAUAUUCUCGUGAUGGUCCAGUCCCGAGAAACCCGACAGAUGUUGAGCUAUUCAUGUUUGCCCAAGUCAACUCAGAGCAUUGCCGACAUAAGAUAUUCAACGCGUCCUGGACAAUUGAUGGGCAAUCCAAGACGAAUUCUUUAUUUGGAAUGAUCCGAAACACGCACAAACAGACACCAGAAGGAACCAUCAGUGCGUACAGUGAUAAUGCAGCGGUUCUGAGUGGAAGUGAAGGCACACACUGGGCGCCCGACCUAUAUUCCGGCCAGUGGAAAGCCACUAAAGAGAAAGUUCAUUUUCUUGCCAAGGUCGAGACACAUAACCACCCUACAGCCGUUUCCCCCUUUCCAGGGGCUGCCACAGGGUCAGGGGGUGAAAUAAGAGAUGAAGGUGCAACAGGUCGAGGAUCAAAGCCUCAAGCAGGACUAGCGGGCUUCUGCGUAUCUGACUUGCUCAUUCCUAACCAUCUUCAAGCGUGGGAGAUUGAUUAUGGCAAACCCAAUCACAUUGCCAGCAGCUAUGACAUUAUGCUUGAAGCUCCUCUAGGCAGUGCUGCUUUUAAUAACGAAUUCGGCCGUCCUUGCCUGGUUGGCUAUUUCAGAACCCUACUCACGGAAAUGCAGACAGGGAAAGAUUCAAGCGAAUUUAGAGGCUACCACAAACCCAUUAUGAUUGCUGGUGGUAUUGGCGUUGUUCGACCACAGCAUGCACUCAAAGACCCAGAUCUUGUCAAGGAGGGUGCCUUUCUUAUCGUCAUGGGUGGCCCAGCCAUGUUGAUCGGGCUAGGUGGUGGUGCUGCUUCCAGUAUCACCUCAGGAGAAGGUUCGGCUGAUCUCGAUUUCGCCAGUGUGCAACGAGGCAAUCCAGAAAUGCAACGCAGGGCGCAGGAAGUCAUCGAUGCCUGUGCGGCCCUCGGCCCCCAAAACCCAAUCCUCUUCAUCCAUGAUGUUGGGGCUGGUGGGCUUUCUAAUGCACUGCCAGAACUAGCCAAGGACUCUAGUGUUGGUGCUGAAUUUGAGCUUCGUGAGGUCCAGUGCGCAGAUAAGAGCAUGAGCCCUUUACAAAUAUGGUGCUGCGAAGCUCAAGAAAGAUACGUUCUAGCAGUUGGCCAGGAGGGAAUGAAUAGAUUCCAAGCUAUCGCCAAGCGAGAACGAUGCGAGAUAUCUGUGGUGGGCCGAGCCAUCAAUAAACAGACCAUCAAACUGACAGACCGCAAUAACCCUGCAACAGAAGGUCGACAAGAUCCCAUCGACCUUCCGAUGGAAGUGCUCUUUGGCAAACCACCCAAGAUGACCAGAGACGUGACCACACGUAAAGUCAACCUGCCUGGCUUUGAUACAAGUUUGAGCUUGUAUGUUCCACAGGCAUCAACGGAUGGUUUGCUUGAAGAAGCGAUCACCCGAGUCCUACAGAUGCCUGCAGUUGGCUCAAAGUCAUUCUUGAUUACAAUUGGCGAUCGAACUGUUGGCGGUAUGGUGGCUCGAGACCAGAUGGUCGGUCCCUGGCAAGUCCCCGUUGCAGAUGUAGGUGUCACAGCGACAUCACUCACCACAGGGAUCAAGACUGGCACAGCAAAGGCAAUGGGAGAGAAGCCCACUCUCGCCCUCAUAUCCCCCGCGUCAUCGGCCCGGAUGGCAGUUGCAGAAUCACUCAUGAAUCUCACCUCGGCGGAUCUUCCGGACCGUUUGUCCCAAGUGAAGUUGUCUGCAAACUGGAUGUCUGCAACAAACCAUCCAGGUGAAGGCGCGGCAAUCUAUGAAGCAGUUGAAACCCUUGGUAUGGAUCUGUGUCCAAAAUUAGGGAUUUCAAUUCCUGUUGGUAAGGACUCCAUGUCAAUGAAAAUGAAAUGGCAAGACCCAGAAACCAAAGAAGCAAAGGAAGUCACGGCCCCGUUGUCUUUGGUCGUCACUGCAUUUGCCCCAGUCCUAGAUAUUAAAAAGACAUGGACUCCACAAUUACGACGCUACAGUGAGGUAGGCGAAUCAACAUUGUUCUUCGUCGACCUUGGACUCGCUCAUCGCGCCAUGGGAGGUUCCAUCCUUGCCCAAGCAUUCAAACAAAUUGGUGAUGAAUCGCCGGAUAUUCGUUCGGUGGGUCUGUUCAAGGACUUCUUCGACGCCACACAACAGCUGCAUGAACAGGAUCUUGUGCUAGCAUAUCACGAUCGCAGCGAUGGUGGCCUCUUCACGACUCUCGCUGAGAUGGCAUUUGCCGGGCGCUGUGGAAUCGAGAUCAUGAUCAAUGAAAUCUGUCCCACGCCGAAGCUGCCUGAUGUCAUUUCCUGCCUCUUCAACGAAGAACUUGGCGCCGUCUUCCAGGUCCGUAAAUCAGAUGAAAAUCGUUUCAAAGCCUGCUUCGCCACUUGCGGGCCACCACCAGGUCUGAUAUACAAGAUCGGUAGAGUCUCGACCAAAACCUCGCAACAGAACAUGGCAAUUUAUCAUGGUGGCAAACUCGUCCAUCGUGCAACGCGAGGCCAACUGCAACAAAAAUGGGCCAACACAUCGUAUUGGAUGCAACGAGCCCGUGACAACCCGGACUGUGCUGACGAGGAGUACUCAUCAAUUCUCGAAGAUGGUAACCCAGGUCUCUCCUACCAUCUCACCUAUAACCCCAAGGAAAACAUCAACACAUACAAAACAUCUGUUCUCAACUACGUUCGGCCCACAGCACGACCACGAGUCGCCAUUCUGAGAGAUCAAGGGACCAACGGCCACGCCGAGAUGGCAUUCGCCUUCGAAUGCGCCGGCUUCACCACCGUCGACGUGCACAUGUCCGACAUCCUAGAUCCUAAGCCGCAUCAGACUCACCUCGGGCUUGAUCACGACCUUUCAUCCUUCACAGGCCUGGCGCUCGCUGGCGGCUUUAGCUUCGGUGACUGUCUCGGUGCAGGCCAGGGCUGGGCGAAAUCGAUUCUUUUCCACCCGGUCACACGCCGCAAGUUCCAGGACUUCUUCAAACGCAACGACACUUUCACACUGGGAGUGUGUAACGGCUGCCAGGUCCUGAGCAAACUGAAAGAGCUGAUCCCUGGUGCGGAGAAGUGGCCUUCUUUCGAAGGAAACGAGAGCGAACGCUACGAAGGACGAGUGUCCAUGGUGAGUAUUUCCGACCCGCCAGCUUCAUCGGGUUUGCCUCCCUCGGUCUUCUUCCAGGGCAUGAGCGGUACCGCUCUCCCGAUCGCAGUUGCACACGGCGAAGGACGUGCCAGCUUCAUCUCCGGCGAUAUCAACUCCUACGUAGGCACGCGGAAAGCGCACGACGCAUCGCUCGCACACAAGUUCGCUGCCUCGCAUCUUGCACCAAUCCAGUACGUCGACAACAAGACACUUUCUCCCACCACGUCAUACCCAGGGAACCCGAAUGGCAGCCCCGAGGGCAUCGCGGGCGUGCGCAGCGUCGAUGGCCGUGUGCUGGCGCUCAUGCCGCAUCCGGAACGCACCGUACUAAGUGGUGUUGGCAGCUAUCUUCCCGCCGGCAAGGCUGAAGAAUGGGGCGAGUAUGGCCCAUGGGCCAGGCUUUUCCAGAGCGCAAGGAGAUGGGUCGGUUAA